CUUCCGAACAAAAAAUUAAUAGCCCCAAAAAACUUGUGUUUCUUUGUCUCCGAUCAAUCUGUUUCGCUAAUUAUUUCCCCGGCAGCGACGAUGAGUUCACCGGUAUCGAAGGGAGGCAGAGGCAAGCCCAAGUCCUCCAAAUCAGUCUCCAGGUCUCAGAAAGCUGGGCUUCAGUUUCCCGUCGGCCGUAUUGCUCGCUUCCUGAAAGCCGGCAAGUACGCUGAUCGCGUUGGUGCUGGCGCUCCUGUCUACCUCUCCGCCGUCCUUGAAUAUCUCGCUGCCGAGGUUCUGGAACUGGCCGGAAAUGCUGCAAGAGAUAACAAGAAGAAUCGGAUUGUUCCAAGGCACAUUCAACUGGCGGUGAGGAAUGAUGAGGAAUUGAGCAAGCUCUUGGGGACUGUUACCAUAGCUAAUGGAGGUGUUUUGCCCAACAUUCAUCAGAAUCUCUUGCCCAAGAAGGUGGGCAAAGGGAAGGGCGAUAUUGGAUCGGCUUCACAAGAAUUUUAGAUUUAAAAAACUUUUUUUCCUGCUGCUUUGGCAUUUCAGAUUGAUUAUUUUUCCUGUAAAUUCAAAAUUUCAAGUUUCUGAGUUGGAUAUGAGUUUAUAAUUAACUCUAAAUUUUGUCAUAUUUUGCUCUCUAGUUUCUUUCAAUACAAGAGGGCAGUGAUCUUCCUCACUGAACUUGGAUGAACAGUCCUUGGCCUGUAUACACCCAUCAGGUCCCCAGCUAAGCUGUCUGCAAUGCUCCCUGGGGUGGGGUGUUGACAAUAUAUACUCAUUCUAUCU